AUGGAGCCACAAAGGACUACUGUGACGAGACAAAUACUCAAUAUCCCUGCGUUUCGAGCAAGAAAUACUACGGGAGAGGCCCACUCCAGCUCUCCUGGAAUUACAACUAUGGGGCAGCUGGGGUUCGGGUCGGAUUUGAUGGCUGAACAACCCGGAAAUUGUGGCCACAGAUUCUGUUAUAUCCUUCAAGGCAUCUAUGUGGUUUUGGAUGACCAAUGUUCACACCAUCAUCACUUCUGCUCAGGUUUUGGGGCAACUAUUCGAGCCGUUGGCGGGGAUGUUGAGUGUGAUGAAAAACAACCCUACUUGGCCAAUGCCCGGAUCCGCUACUACACUCGUUAUUGCAACCAACUUGGUGUUGAACCCGGUACUAAUCUCAAUUGCAAUUCAACAAUCCCAGUAAGGUCUGUAAAAAUUCUCGUAUGUUCUUUGUAUUGA